GCUCGGCAGGCGUGGCGCCAGCCCAAAGUGUCCUAGGGAUCGCCGGUUGUCGCAAGCGGCUUUCCCACUAGCCGCAAGCUCCAUCCAUUUUUGGUGCGCUCUCAGUCAAUCGAUCUGCCAAUAGAUGUGCCUGGUUCUGACCUCCGGCCGCACCUUGAGUGCUCAGACUCUCGACCUUGGGAACGGCGACCUUUGCAUCUUCACAAUCUCUAUUCGCCUCGAGAGAACGCCCGACAAUCUGGUAUCAACCUUGCAAUAUUCACGACGCUCACUCAACCCUUUUGGCCGGCAGGAAGAUACUUUGGAUUGAAUGAGGACUGCCGCAGUUCGGCACCAUAUCGACCUCCGGAACACCUUCCCUUGAUCAUGAUUUCUUGGAGAUAGUGAAACUGCUCUUUGUGGCUCUGGAAGCCUCGUUGUCAUGGACAUACCAGCACACAUACUGGACGCUGUACAAAUAUCUGAUACUACCGACGUCUCCCCCCCAAAGCGCUUCAAAUCGACCAGCACGUCAUCUCGAGACUCGCCGCGAACCGAUCUCUUCCCGCCAGAAAUACGAGCCCAGGAGCAGUCUUCAGGCAGUGACUCGGAGCCUGAAUAUGAUUACAUGACCGAACUCACUUCUCCUGCUGAUUCCGUCUCCGGCGUGGAAGACACGCCGGAUGAUGUCGAGGCCUUCCGAGAUCGCGAGUAUCCUCAACUGAAGGGCAAGACGUAUCUCGAUCAUGGUGGCACCACGCUCUAUGCGAAGUCGUUGGUGGAGGAGUUUUCCGCAGACCUUAUCUCGAAUCUGUACGGCAACCCGCAUUCAGCGUCGUCUCCAUCAGCAUUGUCAGGCCACAGAGUGGAUGCCAUCAGAGAACGUGCACUUCGAUUCUUCAACGCCGACCCUGACGAGUUUGACUUGGUGUUUGUUGCGAAUGCGACGGCCGCGAUCAAGAUGGUCAUCGAGUGUUUUCGUGACUACGCAGCAACGAGCAAUACACCGGUAUGGUAUGGGUACCACAAAGACGCGCACACAUCAAUAGUCGGAGUUAGGGAAUCGACCAAGAUGCACCGAUGUUUCACAAGCGAUGAGGAAGUCGAUAUUUGGAUUAACAGCGGAGGUUUAGGCGGGCCUCGACCACGCCAAUUUGGCUUAUUCGCAUAUCCCGGCCAGUCCAAUAUGACUGGCCGACGACUCCCCUUGAGCUGGCCCGGACGCAUCCGCAAGUCGUUUCACAAAGCAGCCACAUACACCCUUCUGGAUGCAGCUGCACUUGCAAGUACAGCGCCACUCGAUUUGUCCGACGCAUCGACAGCACCUGACUUCGUGGCGCUGUCGUUUUACAAGAUUUUCGGCUUUCCAAAUAUAGGCGCGCUUAUAGUACGGAAGGCCUCAGCACACGUGCUGGAGAACCGAAAGUACUUUGGUGGUGGUACCGUCGAGAUGGUUAUCACCGUGAACGAUACGUGGCAUGCGAAGAAGGACACUGCGAUUCAUGAUCGGCUCGAAGACGGCACGUUACCAUUUCAUUCGAUUUUCGCACUAGACCACGCCAUGAACGUCCAUGAGCGAUUAUACGGCGCGAAUCCGAUGAAGUUCAUCUCACAUCACACCGCACAACUGGCAAAGUAUCUUUACAAUGGACUAUCAGGCCUCAAACAUGCGAACGGUUUGCCUCUUUGCCGGAUAUACAAAGACGAAGGUGCUGUCUAUGGCGAUCCUUCCGUGCAAGGAGCAACAAUCUCCAUUAACGUCCAACAUGCAGAUGGGUCGCUGGUACCGUAUGCUCAAGUGGAAGAAGCGGCGGACGGCCACAAUAUCUUCGUCCGAAGCGGCUCUCUUUGCAAUCCGGGCGGUAUGGCGACCUAUCUAAACUGGUCGCCUGCUGAAAUGAAGGCAGCUUUCGCAUCUGGCCACCGCUGCUCAAACCCUGUUCAGAUCAUGCUUGGAAAGCCUACAGGCGUUGUGCGCAUCAGCCUGGGUGCAAUGAGCACUGCAUCGGACGUCCAGACCUUACUUCGCUUCUUGGACUCGCAAUACUGUAACAGCGUGAACGAAGCAUUCGUAGCUCAAGCCCCGGGCCAACCGACUUCAGUAUCGCCACCCGGGUCCCCCAUACCAAACGGCCAACUGACGCCACUCGACAUACCUAACGCCUUUUUCGUGCCCGGAUCCCAGAACGCACCGCCAAGCCCAGCUCUACCUACCACUGCAAGCAACGGUACUACGGUGGUCGCGGCCCCAGAUGUGGCGCCGCAGCCACAGCACCACCAAUCACCUGCCGCCACUGAGCCGGAACGUGCAAAGUACCCCCCAUUCAAACCAGAAGACUAUAUCAAGAUGCGCAAGCCAUGGGAAGAGGAAAUCCGGCGGCAAGCGCAGCAAAUGGCUGCCAACAAUGCGGAGGUCAAAGUGCGCGAGCUAGAAGAUGCGAGCAUGUUUUCACGUAAUCCAACACCAAGCGUCAAAGCGCGCAAGUUUGGAAGAAGCGUGGUGAAUCUGUUGCGGACCAAAUCACAUUUCGCUGAUAAUAGUCCGCCGCCACCACCUCCACCUCUGCCGACUUCGCCGCUACCGGUCACGCACCCUCCUCGUGACCUAACUUGUGCGACCUCGCUGACGUCAGAACGAUCGACGAGGAGUAUCGAGAAAGCACAGUUUCACCACAGAAUCGAGGCAAUGGGCAUGUGAGCCCCCACAUACGAGAAGCCGAUACAGCACGGCAACCAUCAGGUCUCUUCUCUGCUUAGCAUGGCGUUCUGCGUUCAGGGGCAGCAUAUUGUACACCAUGAUACCAGAAAUGCUUCUAAAUAUUUCGGAAUUGUUUGAUGGACUUUGGCAUAAGGCCAAUCACGGCAGAUUUUGGAUUGGCUCAAAAAACAGCCUACCACGGACAUACCUGUCCAUAUCGCAGACUAUCUAGCUUUGGCGGCUUUGGCAACUUUUGCAACACUCUCACUUGUACAUACCCGGCGGCUGGAUAGUCGGGGUUAGCACAGGACAAAGUGUGAAGAGAACUAUGUAAUGGAGUGUACGACAUACCUACCCA